AAACAAGAUGUGAGGGUCGUGCACAAGUAGUGAAAAGUGUCGCUGUUCUUACGCUUUUAUCAUGGUGCAUACGGGUGGUUAGGAUUUGGGAAACUGUGUCAGCUCUAUUCUUUCCUAUUUGCUACAAGCUUCCAUGAAAUCUUCAACUAGAAAGUUAUACAAUUUAACUUUGAAAUGGGAAGUUGAUACAAGUUGAUCGUCUUGGUUUAAGGACUAUAUUCAAUAUUUGGUAUACAAUAUUUCCUACUUUUUGUGGUGAUAAUGAGUUUCCAACGAACAGAACAUAAGGAACAUAAUCAUGUAGAUGUGAACGGUACAAUUUUUCCAAUCAAGAACGAUGAAAAUAGAUCGAUUUUAUCUAUGCCAUAUGAGUGUAUUUUUGAAGUAUUACAAUACCUAAAUCAGAUCGAUUUAGUUAACGUCUGUUUGGUUAAUAGAGUAUUGUGUUAGCAAACCUCAAACUUUAUAGCUCCAUCUUCCUUACGCAUAGAAUAGGAAUUGAAAUCAAUAUGAUUGUGUGUAUAAUCCUUUUUACACCAACUUCACUAUCAUGAAUAAUGUCAAUCAGAGAAAUGAAAGUUUAGUCAGGAACCCAAAUAUGCAGUUUUGUCAACUGAUAAGACUUGCUUGCUUACAUAAAAAAUUUAGUUGCAAUGUGAUUACUGGAUACCACAGAUUCAAUUAAGAAUGUUCCCUUAUUUUUCUAAUUUAGGCAUAUUUCAGUUUGCGGCAAUUGAAAAUUUGAAUACCAUGUCUUCCACAGGCAAAGAUAUUGAUAAUAGGUAAAUGUUCCUACCUCAAACUGAAUUUGACUUUAUUAGCAAGGUUUCUAAACUUAAAUUAAUUUACUAGUUACAACUGUGAAGUUGUAUUAAAUAAGUUGGAAUCAAUUAAACUAAGAGCAGUCAACAAUUCAAAGGUUCGCAAAUUCUCUAUUUUUCCACUAGAACCAUUCCUAUCCAUUACAAAUACGUUUUGGCUUGGAACAUUUAACAUCUAUCACAAAAUAAUAUUGGUUGGUCAUUUAAGAUUUCUUUAUGUUGGAAUUUGAGAAUAUGACUUUUAUUUACACAAUUUCUGAACUUUUGUUUCACUUGAUAAUUAUUCCAACAUUGGUUUUGAGAAAGUACUUAAUAUCAAUCCCCAUUUGUUAACCAAAGCUUACUUCAAUGAUGUUACAAAAUAGGUAGAUAUGUGCCAGUAUUUAAUUGAAAUUGGUUAAUUUGUCUGUUUAGGAGGUGAAAAUACCAAAUAGUCUAUCGUUAUCUACAAAAAAAAAAUAUUUAACCGAAUAUAUCCCUAUGAUCAGAAUACAUAUGAUAACCGAAAUACAACACAUUAGUAUUUUUUGAAUAGGAGUAGAGAAAUAUCCUUGUGUUUACCCAUUGGUAACUGAUUAGUAUUGGUAUUUCGUUGGGAGAUUCGAAGCAAUAUAUAAUAAUAGCCAUUUCUAUAAUAGAAGCUAGGCCGAAAACACUCAAAGUUUGAAACUGUUCCAGUAAGAAACAAACCCGAAGUUUAAAUAUAAUUCCAAAGCAAACAGAUACUUCAGACUGGUACCUUUUUCUGUCAUAAAUAGUGAAACUUUUUAUUUUCCCUAUUAAUCUCUAUCCAUCUAUUUAUUCUUCAAUAUAUAUAUGUAUCAAAUACAAAUAAAACAUUUUGG